CCUGAUAACAUAAUGGGAAAUGGCGAUGUUUAAUCUAUAAAGUCUUACCUUACGAGUAUGGCAUCUGAACACCACAUCUGUCAUCUUUGCAAAGAAAUAGAUGUGUCCAAUGUUGCAGCUGUUUGGUGUGCUGAUUGUGAGACUUUUCUUUGCAAAGAUUGCAAAAGGCAUCAUAACAGAAGCAAAGCUUCUAAAGGACAUCAAACUAUAGUCCUGGACGACUACAAGAAACUGCCUUCGUUUAUAAUUGAUAUAAGAAACCGUUGUGAAAAGCACGACGAAAAGUAUGACUUCUUUUGUAAAUUCCAUGUAGCCCCGUGUUGCGUGAAAUGUAUUAAGGACAAACAUAAAGUUUGCAGGGAUUUGAACCCAUUGGUUGAGGUUUUAAGGGAUAUCAAAACAUCAGCGAAAGUUUCAAUUUUAGACAAAGAGUUAAGUAUUUUACAAGAGAAUUUUGAAAUAAUAGGAAAACAUUUAAAUUCAAAAAUAGCCAAUCUUCAGGAAAACAAAACAGAAUCGCUGAACGAAAUACGAAAUAUGCGUGUCUCAAUAAAUAAUCAUCUAGAUGAAAUAGAAAAGAAAAUAGUAGAUGAUCUAUCUGUGGAAUUCAAUAAAAUAAAACAAAAAUCUGACAACUUAAACAGUGACAUUGAAUAUAAAAUGAAAGUCAUUAAAAAUUUGCAAAAUGACCUUUCAACAAUGACAAUGUAUGCGACCGACCUUCAAAUGUACGUAGGCCUGCAAUAUUUGGAGAAAUCUUCAUCAGAAGAAGUUGGAUUUCUCAACGAAUUGCAAGAGAAUGAUCAAUUGAACGAACUUUGUUUUGGUAUUGAAUUUUCCUCCGAUUUGAAAUGUCUGACAAAUAGCAUAAGGACAUUUGGCACUGUAGUGAUACAUUCAUCACCUGGCACUUUGAAACUAAAAUCUUCUAGCGAAUAUCAAGUACAUCUUUUAGUUCCACCUAUGUUAACGAUUGAUAGUAUAAAGCCGAAACUGAAAACAACAUUUAAAAUUCCGAAUAUUUUUAGAGAUAUAGAAAUAUAUGGUUGCCAAGUUUUACAUGAUAGCAGAAUUCUUAUUCUAGAUAAAAUCAGUAGAUGUAUGCUUUUAUUUUCAAAAGAUGGAAAAUAUACAGAAAGUGUAAUGCAUUUCGAUGAUACACCAACUGACGUGUGUUUCAUCAAAGACUUUUUGAUAGCAGUAACUAUUACCAAGCAAAAUAAAAUUUUGCUGAUUGAUUUAUCACAGAAAUCCAAUACAAAGACUAUUACAGUACCAGAUUCAUGUUUUGGCAUCGACAGCAACGGGGAAACAUUAAUAGUGAAAUUACCGGGAAGAAGACUUUUAACACUGGAUCUCGAUGGUAACAUUUUAUCAGAGGUAAACGUACCUGGACUAUAUUCUCUUCAUACGGCACAGUAUGAAAAUAAUAUCUUCUGUACAGAUCGGAACUUUAAUCGAAUAUCUUGCAACACCAACAAGGGGGCCUUGUUAUGGACAUACAAACAUGAAGACAUUUGCGAACCAUACGGAAUAACAGUUGACAAACAUGGAUUCAUAUAUGUUGCAUGCAAAGGAAAUGACAAGAUUGUAGCUGUAUCAAAAGACGGAAAAUCGAGUAGAACAAUACUGUCGAAAGAUAAUGGGAUUGUUCAACCCGUUGCUAUAAAUAUUGACAAAACAUCAUCUACAUUACUUGUGACAAAUCGUUCUAACGGUAACGCCUUCGUAUUCGAAAUUUAGAACUAAAACACAGUGUUAGCAUUCCAAAUGUAUGGACGUUCAAAAAAGUAUUCCUGUAAUUAAGAGAAGUUAUAAUAUUAUGUUAUUUUGUAUUCCUUUUUAUUUAUUUAGCAAUAUCACCAGUUUCAUGUUGCAUUUAACACAAUCACCGAUAAAGAUUUCUUUUUGA